AUGUCAAGAUAUCAAAGACAGAAACAAACUUCAUCAUCAUCAUCAACAACAUCUCCAACAAUGAGUGAUACUGGUAAUGAAUCAUAUCCAACUAUAAGAAGACGUAUUUCCAAAGCAUGUAAUUAUUGUCGACAAAGGAAAAUCAAAUGUAAUGGAUCAUCACCAUGUUUGAAUUGUAAAAAUCAUCAUAUUGAAUGUGCUUAUUCUAAAACUAUACGUAAAAAGAAGAAAACAACAACAAAGAAAUUAACUUUACAAGAAUUAGAAAAAAGAGUUAAUAAAAUGGAUCAAAAAUUUGAUUUAUUAAAUGAUAAAGUUUCAAUGAUUUUAGAAUUAUUAUCCAAAAAUGGUAUUAAACAACAUUCACAUAAUCAUAAAGAAUCAGAAAUUAAACAAGUUGAACAAGCUACAACUUCUGAAUUAGUUAGUUCAGAUGAAGAAUAUGAAGAAGAUGAAGAGUUAGAACAAGAGGAUCAUGAACAUGUGCUAUCUCCAUUAUCAGAAUAUAGUCAAUCUACAAAUUCAGAUUCAAUAUCAUCAAAUGAACAACCUGAAGAACCUAUAAUUAAAAAUGAAGAAAUUGAUACAACAAUGUUUCAAUCAGAUUUACUUGCAAAUGUUAAUAAUUAUUCAUUAGAUCAAAUAUCUACUCAAAUUCCUGGGUUUACUGAAGGACAAACACAGUUUGAUUUGAUUGGUAUGAAUGGAUUAAAUGGGUUGAAUGGGUUUAAAGAUCAACUUAAUUAUCUUUAUGAUUCAAAUCAAUUAACGAAUACAAAUUUGGAUUCAAAUGAUGUUUUUUAA